CAUGGCGUAGAGCUGCACGAAGAAUGAUUUUUAUCUGCUGUUUUGUUUCUUCAUAUUUCCUAUUAUUUGUCCUACAAGUAGACCACCGUAAGUUCGAGAAUGGAUUAUAAGACACGCCGACGUUACACGGCUGUUACGGAUGUAAAUGAUCUCAACAAUGAUUAUCCUCACGACAUACAAAUGUACGAUGUGCCGCCGGUCGGUGAAAUAUCGCUGGAAGAGUUUCAAGACCUGGGAUUUGAUAGACUGAAAGCGUUACGGUUGGUAGAGACAACGAAUUGUAGAAGUGAUCUGAAAACGCAGGAAGAUCGCAAGAAAGCCUUCGCCGAGUGUCUGAAAUCUGAUGGAUUGAAACACUAUGCAAAUCUCUUAUACGCUGAUGGGUCCAAUCCGCAGUCAGAGGAGUAUUCACAGAUCAGAAGGAAAGAUCACAUAUCACAUUUUAUCUUAAGACUAGUGUACUGCCAUGACGUCGAACAAACCAAGUGGUUCCUUAAUCAGGAAGUUGAAUUCUUCAAAUUAAGAUUUAGCUCUUUAGAUAAGAAGGGCAUUGAGCGUCUAUUAAGUAUUACCAACAUGGAUUGUAUAUCUAUUUCACAAGAUGAAAAAUUUGAAAUGAAAGAAGAGCUUACUUUGUCAUGUGGAAAAGUUACGAAUAUUGAUAUUGCUGAUAUUUAUAAAGUGCCUUUUGAGAAAGUCAUUGAUUUGAUCAGAGGACGUAAAGUAUAUCUCAAAGCAGGGAUAGCAUAUAUCACUCAUAUGGAUCUAAGUUCUGUGUUUGUCUCCUAUCUUAGAGAAAACCUAGUUACAGGAUUAGCGAGUGCAAAAAUUCUGUAUGAUAAUAUAUCUGAUGACGAAAGAUUGACUAAAUAUUUAAUAGGUCUUCCUGCAGCCUUCUCUGGAAUGGCGCGUGUCGUAUGGUCAACUACAGCAACACCUAUUGAUAAACUAAAUGAUUUAUCAAAGACAUCAUAUCCAUUAUGUAUGAGAACACUUCACGAAGCACUCUGUACCAACAGCCAUUUAAAAAAUUCAGGGCGCAUGCAAUAUGGAUUAUUCCUAAAAGGUAUAGGUGUGACCUUAGAAGAUGCUCUUCGUUUUUGGAGAGAUGCAUUUUCAAAAAAGGCAGAUGGGGUUGCAUUUGAAAAAAAAUAUGCGUACUCUAUUAGGCACUAUUUCGGUAAAGAGGGAAGGCAGACAAAUUACACUCCAUAUGGUUGUCAAAAAGUUAUAUCUAGCUCUGUUGGGCCUGGAGAAUACCACGGAUGUCCGUUCAGACAUAUGGAUCGCGAUUCGCUUUGCCAAAAGUUAACCAAUUGUGGCGUAUUCGCCUCUAAUAUGACUGAAAUAUUAGACUUGGCUAAGGAUGGACAGUAUCACUUAGCUUGUGCCAAGUAUUUUGAAGUCGUGCACGAUAAACCAGCAAGUAAACCACUUUUACAUCCAAAUGCAUACUUUGCUGAAAGUCGUGCAAUUUUAACCGAAGACGAUGGUAAAGAUAUAGAUAAAGAAAAAUUCUCUCAAAAUACGGUUGGAACUCCUGGAAGUCUAUCUUCAAAGAGGAGUGAUAAAUAUCCUACACCUUCUAGAAAUACAGAAUUUUCUGGAACGCCAAAGAGAAAUGAUAGAUAUGCUACACCAACGAGAAAUAAAGAUACGAUCAACACACCUUUAAGCAAAGAUCGAAAAAUGAGUUAUGAAACACCAAAAAGGAAUAAAAUGACGCCAGUAAACAUCGCAGAAAUGUUGAACGACGAUGAUUUUACAGAAUUUAUGGAUGUAGACAUGGAUCAGAGUUAA